AUUUGGUUUCAUUUGCUUGAUUAAUUUUUGAGUAACGCAGAAAUUUAGAGAGGGGGGAGGGGUCUCAAACUAUCACGAAAACCUUCCCCGGCCCCAAAAACCCCUACAUACCAAUUUUCAUGCUGAUCAGUUCAGUAGUUUCCGAGUCAGACAUAAGAAUCAGACAGACAGACAGACAGACAGACAGACAGAAAUCCAUUUUUAUAUAUAUUAUAUUAUAUCUCUAUAUAUAUAAAAAUGUUCUGUUCGUUUGUGUACGCGUCAAAAAAUCGAAAAGUGCGGAACCGAUUGAGCUCAAAGUUGUACACAAUAUACAAUCCACUUCAGGGAGUGUUGUUACGGCAUAACAAAAUGGAAAAUUGGAAGAAAAAUGAUUUUAUAUAUGAUCAGAGUGCGUUUCUGAAAUUGAGCUUCCAAUGAAAAUCGACUAUUCAGCAAUGAAUAUGUGUUCUAUGUGAUGGAAACAUUUUUUUUCCACGUGUUUGACAAAAUCAUGAACUAAAAAUUGAGGGACUUAGAAUGCAAGGGGUGUAAGUGAUUUGAUCAAUUUCUCUUCAUGAACUUUUUCUUUCGUGAAUAACUCAGCGCACAAAAACGUUCCAAUUUGAUUUUGCUAUAGAAACCGACAAUUGAGGUUCUGACCUAUCGUCCACAUUGUCAAAUAAGCUGGGAAUGUGUUUGCAGUUAAGUUAUGAUCAAAAGAGAAAGUCGAUAAAGAGAAAUCGAUCAAGUCACUUACACCCCUUGCAUUCUAAGCCCCUCAAUUGUGUUUCGAAGUGAUUUAAAAUGUAUCGAUUUCCCUCAUCUGUCUCUAUAUAUAUAAAUGUUCUGUUCGUUUGUGUACGCGUCAAAAACUCGAAAAGUGCGGAACCGAUUGAGCUAGUUAACUCCAGCGUCAGCAUUAGUCAGCGAUCCCACAAAAUUAAUAUCAAUACUCCGACACCAACGGCGAUUUUCGUAAAUCAAUCCCAGGGCCAACCCAUAAACAAUAACAUCGACGACGACGGCGACGACGGCAGCAAAUAUUUAAGAAUAACAUAAACACGAUCGUUCUCGCGAUCGGUAUAUCGAUUCAUUCUGUAAACUAUAAACAUUAUCGCUAGGGCACUAGGGAUCUUUAGAUGAAUAAGAAAGUUAGUCUGAAUACAGCAUUCAAGUCGUAUAGACAAUUUUAUUUUUUUAUCCGAAGAACCCGGAAAGUUAACUGGCGCCCGAAUAGGGACCGCCUUUGUAAUUUGGGAAGAGUAUAAGUUCAUCUUGUGCAGAAAGUCUUUACAAAAAACUGCAAUUCGUCUUGUGGAGUGUUAGGUGAAAUUCUUCAAAAAAAAAGUGAAAAUCCAAAUCGCUUCAAACGGUUAAAAGAGCCGCACCGCAAGAGCACCAGCAACAACGAUAGCGGAAAAUUCUGGUACCAGGAGCCAGUGCACAGUAGGACCAAGCGAGCCCAGGGACACCGCGGAUUCAUCCCAAUCGGUACCAGGGACCUUAGUAGCGGAUUGCAAAAAGGACUCAUCCCGAAGUACCUGCCCUGGAUUCCCCCAAAACAGGAAGGCCAUCCCAAAGGAGAACUCAGAAAAAGUCCAGUUCACGAAUGCUGGCGAUAAUCUUAAUACUUCUGUUUCUAUCCCUGCCAACAAUGAAUGUUGGACAACAUGUAUCAAUUCAAAAGGUGGACGACUUACCAUUAAUAUUAGUAGAUAAAGGACAAGGACGAAUUCGAAACGACUCAAAUUAUUAUAUCCACCAUUUUAAAAUAUUCCCUUUCAUUAUACAUUUGAUCGAUUUGAAGGCCAAAUUCUCUGAUAUAGAAGAAAAUCAAUUCACAAAUUUAAUAUUGAAAAAGUUUGAAGAAAUAGAAAUAUCUUUAAAAAAUUUGAUACCAAUUAAAAGAGUAAAAAGAUGGAAUACAAUAGGAACUAUUUGGAAAUUCAUAGCAGGUUCUCCUGAUGCAAAUGAUUUAAAAAUUAUAAACGAUUCAAUUAAUAAUUUGAUUGUGAAUAACAAUGCACAGGUUAAAAUCAAUAGAGAAGUUACGUUUCAAAUGAAAGAGGCCUUAUUUAAGACAAAAGAAGCUAUAAAUUUAUUUAACUCAAAAUCAUCAGAAUUAUAUUCUAUAAACAUUUACUUGAACCUCAAAUACCUACAUGAAAAAUUGUACCAAAUUUCAGAAACAAUUAUGUUAACCAAGUUAGGAAUUCUUAAUGAAAAAAAAAAAAAAUUAAGUGUAAGCGAAAUGAAAAUAUUGUUAGAAGAUUUAAACAGAGAGAAUUUAACUGUUCUUAAUAUUGCUGAAGCACUUACCUACGCAACAACAUCGAUAGCAUCCAACGAACAUGAAAUCGCUCUUCUCAUCAAGCUGCCCAAACUCAUCCCAACAAUUUUUCAAAAAGUACUAUUGGUACCUACCUGGAAUCCAAAACAUCAAAUUCACCUACCAAACAACAAGUAUCUAAUUCAUGACAAUGAUUACUAUGUCGUCAAUAGUUUACUACCGAAUAUAUACAACAAGGAGGAACUUUUACUCGAUAACACCACAUGCGUACCAAAUAUUCUCAAAGGAAAAUCGGCAAGUUGUGACUACGUAAGCAACCCUAUUGAAGAUAUCGUUGUAAUAGACAACCAGCACGUACUCAUAAAUUUGCAUGGCAAUUUUACAUUGGAAUCAAGUUGCGGUAUACCACGAAGAAAUCUAUCUGGUACCUAUAUGGUAACCUUCCACAAUUGUGAAAUCACAAUAAAUAACCGAAAAUUCUCAAACAAAGUACAGAAUCUCACAGGAAACGUAAUCUUGCUUCCGUUGAACGGAAUUGCACUCGAAAAAGGAGUAACAAUAUUAAAUUUAAGCCUUGAACAUCUCCAUAAAUUGCACAUUGAAACAAGACGAGAUCUAGAGACAAUUCGUCUCGAAGCCAAUAGCUUACAGUGGCCACACUGGUCAAUUUUUGGUGGAUUAUCAAUCACUCCUGUAAUAAUAGGUGUUAUAUUCCUUGCAUAUUAUCUCCAUACCCGAAAACGAAAUAUCAUCAUACAAGCUGAAAAACCAAAAUCGUCAUGUAUUGAUACCAAUAGACUUCGGGAUAUAUCUUUGAAGGACAUCAUUCGUACGGAGCCUCAACUCUAAGGAGGGGCAAGUUAACUCCAGCGUCAGCAUUAGUCAGCGAUCCCACAAAAUUAAUAUCAACACUCCGACACCAACAGCGAUUAUCGUAAAUCAAUCCCAGGGCCAACCCAUAAACAAUAACAUCGACGACGACGGCGACGACGGCAGCAAAUAUUUAAGAAUAACAUAAACACGAUCGUUCUCGCGAUCGAUAUAUCGAUUCAUUCUGUAAACUAUAAACAUUAUCGCUAGGGCACUAGGGAUCUUUAGAUGAAUAAGAAAGUUAGUCUGAAUACAGCAUUCAAGUCGUAUAGACAAUUUUAUUUUUUUAUCCGAAGAACCCGGAAAGUUAACUAGCUCAAACUAUGAUACAAUAUACAAAACAACCAAACACAUCUAGGAUUGUUGUUACAACAUAAAAAAAAUGAAACAUUCAACUCAACCAUGCAACUACAAUGUGCCACAGCAAAGCGUGGUAGGGUACAGCUUGUUAUAUUAUAUUAUUUAGCUAUGUAAAACAAAUGUAAAUUUGAAAAUCGAUUUUUUUUAUGACAAAUUACUUAAAAAUGCAUUAAAUGUCGAGAUCUGGUGUCAUCGCGAAAAAAAUCUACCUAGCCUACUACACUUUUUCUGAGUGGUGUUUCUGUUGCAGUCGUUUUCUGCAGCGAUUCAUUCCGGGAACGGUGAAAUACGGUAUUUUAUGUCAAAUGGGCGAAAUUAUGUACUAAUUGAUACAAGGGAGCAUCACGGUGAGAGGGAUGAUUGAUUGUAAUUAUUUUCCUU